UGGACGCUCUGCGACGACCGCGCGUGCGCCGCUUGCACCUUUUCGUUGCAAUAACGAUACGAAGCGCUUUUAAAACAUUUGAAAAACAUUCAAAAUAAUAUUGAUAUUAAACAGUUAAACUAAACAUUAGACAAACGAAAUCGUCAAUUAUUUGAAUCAGUGAAAAUACAGUGAUACGCCGGUGUCACCAGCAAAAUAAAGUAGUAACCAACGGAUUUUAUUUAAUUGACUGUUACAUAUUUGAGAAUCAGUGAAGUGUGACAAAAUUAAUAAACUAACAGUGUUUGUGGACUGAUUGUGAAUUUCAAAACUGAGGCGUUUGGUGCAGUGUCAACGUUUGUAGUCGGGGACAUAAUAGCUGAAGAUGCGAGUGCGGUGGUGGCGCGCAGCGCUACUGUGCGCUUGCGCGCUGGUCCUUCGAAGUGCUGCGCUGCCGCCUGCAACCCUUGGAGACGUUGUUGCGAAUGCUGCUACCAGUCUUAAUUCUAUGAAGAUAACGGGAGCAUGGCGGCGACUUUCAAGCACAGUGAGUGAAAGCGUGGGCCUGAAACACGCGCUACGACGGCUGCAGGCCGUACCAGCGCGCGCUGCGCGUCUCGUGCACGCGCUCGUGGACCGCAUGCGCGUGGGCGGCGGACCCAUCGUCUUCACGCAGCUCGGCGCCUUGCGCGGCCGCCAGCUCGCCACCAGGACUGCGGCGCAGACGCCGUACUACAGCUUCAAAGGCAUCAGAUACGCGCAGCCUCCACGAGGGGCGUUGAGGUUCCGUGCGCCCGCGCCGCUGGAACCAUGGUCGGGAGUCCGCGACGCCUUGGAGGAGGGCGCUGUGUGUCCUCACCGCUUCAUGCUCUUCGACACCUACAAGGGAGAUGAAGACUGCCUGUUCCUGAACGUGUACUCGCCGGCUCUGCCUGAUAAGCUCACCGGAUACAAUCCAAAGCUAGCAGUGAUGGUGUGGAUCCACGGGGGCGCGUUCACGAUGGGAUCCGGCAACGCGUUCCUGUACGGGCCCGACCACCUCGUCAGUGCUGGAGUAGUGCUGGUCACGCUCAACUACCGGCUCGGUGCCCUUGGCUUCCUCAGCCUGGAGAACGAUGAGGUGCCGGGGAACAUGGGACUCAAGGACCAAGUGAUGGCCCUGAAAUGGGUUCGAGACAACAUCGAGGCUUUCGGGGGAGAUCCCUCGCGAGUGACGAUAUUUGGAGAGUCGGCUGGUGCCGCGUCCGUCCAUCUUCACAUGCUAUCCAAAGCUUCUGAGGGUCUCUUCCACGGAGCCAUAGCUCAGAGUGGGCUGGCUCUGUCCCCGUGGGCGCUGGCCAGCGGCGCCCGCGCACGCGCCUUCGAGCUCGGCAAGGAGCUCGGCAUCGUCACCAACAACACCGCUGAGCUGCUGGGUUACCUUCGCGCAACUCCCAGCGAGCUCAUAGUGAAGGCAGGCGCGCGCCUCGCCGGGAUGCCCGGCAAGAAUGCCGACCUCAAGAGCACCGUGGCCCUGCCGUUCCUGCCCACGUUGGAGCCCGAGGGCCCCGACGCCUUCCUCACGGCCUCGCCACGGGACUCCCUGCCUGGAGCUGACGUGCCUUUCCUUACGGGAUACAACGCGCAGGAAGGCAUUAUCCUGUUUCGCCGAAUGCAGCGUGACCCGAAGCUGCUGAGCGAGCUGGACCGCGAGUUCCAGCGCGUGGUGCCGCCCGAGCUGUUCUCCGCAGACCCUGAGCUCACCAGCAACGUCACCGCCGCCAUCAGAGCCUUCUACUUCCAGCAGAGGCCCGUGGACACCAGGAAUGUCGACAGUCUUAUUGACUUAUUCACAGACGUGAUGUUCCUCCGGCCGUUAUUAGAGACCGUUCGCCUGCAAGCAGAGACCAACAGGACGAGUCCGACCUACGUAUACCGGUUCGCCUUCGACGGUGCCCUGGGACUGUUCAAGCGAAUGCUGGGCAUCACGCACCCUGGAGCAUGCCAUGGCGAUGAGAUGGGAUACUUGUUCUACUUCUCCCGCCUGAACUACAGACUAGACGAAAACUCUACGGAGCUCGCCGUAUCGCAGCGUAUGGUACAAAUGUGGACUAACUUUGCUAAGACUGGAAACCCCACGCCUCCUGUGGACUACGACUCAAUAAUCGACUUCAAAUGGCAGCCCGUUAACGACACCUCCCACAUCAACUACUUAGACAUCGAUGGGAACUUCACCCAGCUCACAGACCCUGAGGCCAAGCGCGUGCGCUUCUGGGACUGGCUUUACGAAAACUAUGCCAACAAACCGUGAAAUGGCCCUAUAAUUCUAGGGCCUAGUCGAAAAUACAGUGAUUAGAGUGAAGUGACAUAAACUAAUCAAGUGCAGUGAUAACCGAACUAGUUCUAAGUUCGGAAAGACAAACGAUUUCUUCCUUGAAAACGUGUACCAACAUUAAUCAUCUCAACUUUCGCAUAGUCUUGAGUUAAUACGUUAUUACUUCUUACAGAAGUGCUUUUGUUCAAGCAGUGAUCAAGUGGCAACUUAAUGAAAAACAUCUAUCAAGAAUAAUUAUUGUAACUUCUGUGAAGAAUUGAUCAUAAUUUACUUAUGAUCUAAAUAACACAUCUCUCGUAAUGAUGGAUGAUCUCAAUGCAAUAAGUUUGUCACUUGAACUGAUCUGGAGAUAAUGCUUCAAAAACGGCUUAGUCCAUUUCUAUUAUACAGAAGUGGACCAAGGAGCCGCAGUAAGCUCAACAAAUCCUCUGCUACAAAUACAUUGUAAAUAUACAUUGGUAAUCUAGAUAUAUUGCCUAGUUGUUAUCGUAUUAACAAUGAAAAUUGUUUAAUUUUUAAUUAAUAUGUAAUACAAAUAAUAAGUAUUUAAGUCAAUUAAUUAAUAUUUGUUUGUUUUAAAAUAUAACUAUUUAAAAACACAA